CUGAUACGCUUCCAGGUGGGGAGGGCGGGGUCACAGGGCGAAGUCUGAGCAGCCUUCAGGCCGCGGUGGCCCGCUCACGUGGUCCCAGAGCAGGGCAGGCAGCAAGUGGCGGAGACCACCUCCGUGGCAGGGGGUAGGAGACCCUGCGGUGGGGGCGCGACCCUGGGCAGGGGCCCAAGUUCAGCCCCACUUGCCCAGUCUGAGCUGGGGGUGGUCUGCAAGCUCUGGCAGACAGCCUCGGCCACCAGUGCGGUCUGCUGCCUGACCCAGGUCCAGGUGGGCAGUGACCGACUGGGCGGGGGCGGGGCAGGCGGGACAGCACCUGGCAGGUACAGAGGGACAAGAGUCCAGCUUCCUCCUUGCUGCAGCUGGUUGUCUACCAUCCUAGUUUGGGAUCGUGUUUGACGCCGGGUCCUCCCACACGUCUCUCUUUGUGUACCGGUGGCCUGCAGACAAGGAGAAUGACACAGGCGUGGUCAGCCAGGCCCUGGACUGCCAGGUGAAAGGUCAGUGGGCAGUUUUGUUCAUGGUGGUUGGGUGUUGGGAGCGGCCCACUACCUGGCUGGGUUCGCAGCUGGGUGGAAGGUUGGGAGGUGGCGCAGGCAGAGCCAGGCAGGAACCAUGUCUGGCUCCUGUGGCAAAUCAGCCCAAAGGAAAGGGGGCUCAGAGCGGCUGAGCGACAAGUCCCCACCUGAGGCUACAGAGAUCGCGGCCGGCCUCUCCUGCCUCCUCCCGCUUCUGGGGACUCCAGAGGCUCCUGGCUGUGGCCGUGUCCCCCCAUCUCUGCCUCUGACUCCACGCAGCUCCUCCCCGCCUCCCAAACCCCUAUCUCCUUUGUCUCACAAGGACCCCGUCAUGGAUGUAGGGCCCGUCCGGGGAACCUGGGACGGUCUCACCUUGAGAUCUGUAACUCAGUUACAUCUGCCAAGACCCUUUGUCCAAAUAAGGCCACACUCGCAGGUUCCAGGUGGGGGCGAGGAUGCGAACACACCAUUUGGGGUCCACUACCUCCCCCACACAGGCCCAUUCGGCCCAGCCGGCCUUGGGGCCAGAGCCUCGUGCUGAGUGCUGUCUUUCAGGGCCCGGAAUCUCUUCCUACGCCUCCAACCCCGAACAGGCCGGGGAGAGCCUGCGGGGCUGUCUGGAGGAGGCGCUGGCUCUGGUCCCAGAGGAUCAGCACCAGGAAACGCCCAUGUUCCUGGGGGCCACGGCCGGCAUGCGGCUGCUCAGCCAGAAGAACAGCUCUCAGGCAGAAGACAUCUUUGCCGCAGUCACUCGGGUCCUGGGCCAGGCUCCCGUGGACUUUCGGGGUGCUGAGCUCCUGGCCGGAAAGGACGAAGGUGCCUUAGGCUGGAUCACUGUCAACUACGUCCUGGGCUCGCUGGUCAAGUACUCCUUCUCUGGAGAGUGGAUCCAGCCUCCAGAGGGGACGCUGGUGGGUGCCCUGGACAUGGGUGGGGCUUCCACCCAGAUCACCUUCGUGCCCGGAGGCCCCAUCCUGGACGAGAGCACCCAGGCCACCCUCCACCUCUACGGCUUCGAGCACAGCGUCUACACCCACAGCUACCUCUGCUUUGGGCGCGACCAGAUGCUAAACAGGCUCCUGGCUGCGCUGGUGCAGAGCAGCCGGGCCCUCCGUGUCCGCCACCCAUGCUACCACAGCGGCUACCAGGACACCCUGCCCUUGGCCACCCUGUUUGAGUCACCCUGUGUCCACAGCACUGCGCCCCCAGACCUCACACAGAACCUCACUGUGGAAGGGACGGGGAACCCCGGGGCCUGCACCCUGGCCAUCAGGGACCUCUUCAACUUCUCCAGCUGCACGGGCCGGCGGGACUGUGCCUUUGACGGGGUCUACCAGCCCCCUGUGCAGGGGCAGUUCUACGCUUUCUCCAACUUCUACCACACCCUGCACUUCCUGAACCUCACCUCCGGGCAGCCGCUGGCCACUGCCAACGCCACCAUCUGGGAAUUCUGCCAGCGGCCCUGGAAGCUGGUGGAGGCGGCCUGGCCUGGGCAGCAGCGCUGGGUGCGUGACCACUGCGCCUCCGGCCUGUACAUCCUCACUCUCCUGCUCCACGGCUACGGCUUCAGCGAGGACACCUGGCCCAGCCUGGAGUUCCGGAAGCAGGUGCAGCCCCCCAGGCCCAGGAAGGAUGGGGGGUGGGCUCUGGGGCAGCCGGCUGCAGCCCUGACCGCUGUGUACCCGCAGGCCGGUGGCGCCGACAUCGGCUGGACACUGGGCUACAUGCUGAACCUGACCAGCAUGAUCCCGGCCCAGGCGCCUGCCCAGUGGCGGGCCCAGAGCCGCAGCAUGUGGGCGGCCAGUGUGGUCUUCGCGGUGCUGACCCUCAUGGCUGUGCUCGCGGCUGCUGUGGCCCAGCUCCUCUGGUGCCAGGAGAGGCAUGGCUCCCACAGCACUGGCCACCCGCAGCCCUGAGCCCUGUGCGGCCACCGGGAGCCUGUCCUGUGGGCUGUGCCCUCCCUGGGGCCUCCCAUCCAGGCACCUUGGGCCACUGUGCACUGUGCUUCCUGCACGAACACCAGGCCACUGGACCCCUGCAACACUCCAGGGCUGUGUGACUGUGGUGGCAGAGGGACAGGGGCCUGGUCAUGGGGAUGGUGGCCGGAGCAAGAAGGGGCCCGGGUCCUGGGGGGAGGGGCGGCCAGCUUGGCCCCUUGGGAACAGCACCCCCACCCUCAAGACGCAAGCAGGCGCUCAAGAGGCUGAGCCCAGACAUGGCCACACCUUGUGGGGGCGGCUGUCUUUAUUAAAUGCUCCUGCCAAGGGCCUCUCAGGGCUGACCUCGCUGGGUCCGGGGGCAGGCGGGGACCACGAAGCACUUGGGGAAGAUGCCGAAGCAGCCGUCACAGUGGCCCUCCAGCCACGCCUGGUCCACUGCGGGGGCGGGGGGCGGGGCGGUGUUAGGGCGUUAAGCAAUGUCUGCCCUGAAGCCCAUGUGCCCCGGGGGGCCCCAGCAGGCGAUGGGAGGGGCAGCCCGCUGCCCAACCUUCACACAGGACGUCCACAAUGUCCCCCGGCUGCAAGUCCAGGUCCUCAGGCCCCUGGGCAGGGUAGCCGUGCUGGGCCACCACCUGGUAGAGGAUGGGCCGGCCACCCGCACCCUGCGGGCAGAGGGGACGCUGCAGGGCCGGCUGGGCACCAGCUGGGUCCUGGGGCCUUGCGCACAGCCAGCCCCCCCUGACCGAUGCCCGCGCCGUCCAAGGCUCACCCGGCACUGCAGCCGCAGCCCUGCUGGGCCAGACGCCGACUCCCACCAGGCCGUCGGCAGCGCCCCCUCCUCGGGGAGGGGGACCCAGAGCCCAGAACCGGGGUCUCGGUAACUGCAAAGAGAGUCAUCAGAGGGGCCACAGC